UUUCUAUAUUAUUUUCUAUGAUGUUGCUUUAGAAUUAUUAAUAAUUAUAUUUGACCCGCAAAUGGGCAGUCAUUAUCCAGUGGGAGUAAUAGAGCGGGGAGAAUUGUGACAUCAUCGUCGACGUCUUAGUUAACUGGAGUUGACAAUCAUGGAUAAUUCACCCAACGUUACUUCCCUAAAUCCCGCUACCACAUCACAACCAGCUACUAAAGAUAAUCAUGAUCCCAAUCCUGAGUCUACAAGUGAGAACUCCCCAACUUCUGUAUUUGUAAACUCAGAACCAGUUCGGGAGGAUCAAGUCCAAAAUGCUGUAAAGUUUCUUUCACAUCCAAGAGUUAGGGGAUCUCCGGUCAUGUAUAGGCGUUCUUUUCUUGAGAAGAAGGGGCUCACAAAGGAGGAGAUAGAUGAAGCCUUCCGUCGAGUUCCGGAUCCCACUCCAACUGUUUCUACCACACAGCCAGUAGCUGCAAAUGAAGGUGCAGCGACUCUACCACUGUCUGCAUCGCAAAAUCUGCAGCCUGCAUCAGCUCUACAGAGUAAUACCGUGAGAAAAAUGGGAUAUUUCUCUCAUUUCCAUUGGACUCAUGCGGUAAUGGCGUUAGGCAUAUUGGCUGCUUCAGGAGCUGGUACAGCUUUACUUCUCAAGCAUACUAUUAUACCCCGGUUUAAGUCCUGGAUUCGAAAGGUUGUAAUGGAAGAAGAAGAUGAAAAAGGCCCUGUGAAGGGAAGACCAAGUUUAGCAGAAGAAGCUGCUGUUGCUGCAAAAGCAGCAGCUGCUGCAGCUGCAGAUGUAGCCCGGGUAAUCCAGGAGAUGCUGGCAUCAAAAACUGAAGAGAAAAGGUACCUUGAGGAGCUAACGAACCUGUUAAACGGCCAAGUACGAGAGAUGAAAUCAAUGAGUAGUUCCUUACAAAAGUUCGAAGGGAAAAGUAGUACUUCUGGAAGAAUACCUGCCAUGGAACGAGAUGAUAGAAGAGUUUCGAUUUCCCAUUCUGGGCAAUCCUAUUCUAAUGGAGAACUGGAUAUUGAAGCAUGUUCAGUGAGAUCUUUGUCACCACCUGCAUCGGUGGAACCAUCUGUUGCGCCCCACCCAAAAUCUUACAUGGAUAUCAUGGCUAUGAUUCAAAGAGGAGAAAAGCCAUCAAACAUCCGAGAUAUAAAUGACCAACCACCAAAUCCUAACCAGCCUAUACCAGAUUCUCGUGUUGGUCCAAAGCCUAAGCCCUGGGAAAUUGGCCAAAGUCAGAACAGUUCAAGGAAUUUCCUUCAAUCCCAAGGGAGUGGUGAUUGGUUGAAUUAUGAGUAUCAAGACAAUCUGACUAAUGGAGACAGUUCAACCCCUUGGUGGCAACGCAAGAAUGCCAGAAUAACAGAAAUCGAAGCUGAGAACGAACAGAAGUUUGGAUCUACUGCUGCACCAACUGAGGUACGACCAGUCCACCGGUCCUGGGUUCCUCCUCAGCCACCUCCAGUUGCAAUGCCGGAAGCUGUUGCUGCCAUACGACAACCUAAGAAGCUUUUGUUUCAAAAAGAAAAGCUGACCGAUGAUGAGUUGGUGGCUCAUUCCUUAGAAAUAUCGGAUGACUUGCAGAGGAUUACAAAAAUCUCCGAAUCAGGUGGUCUCACCGAAGCUAAUGGUUCAAGUUUUGGGCAACAGUUGAGUGACGCACCUAUUACCAAUGGUGGCAAUGUCUUGAGUAGCUGAAGUAUCUCUUGUUGAACCCUGUCCUAAGGUUUGGUUUUUGUUUAUGAAGUUUAUCACAAUCUUGUAAGUAUAGGAAUUCAAGUUUCUAACACUUCCAUUGUGCUUCUAGGUUGAAGUUUAGAAUUACACUUCUCAGAGUUGCUCUAUAGUCAUCACAGGGAUCUUUAGUGCACCAGGCGCCCAUUAAACUUGCUCUAUAGUGAAAAGAUAACUGUUUAUAUCUUAAGGAGUUGUUUGGUUGGGAAAUGUUAUCCCAGUGCUAGUUAUCCCACCGUGUAUAUUGGAUAACUUAUCCCAUCACUAUGGUGCAAAUGGUGGGAUAAAUAAUCUCAUAAAUUAUCUCAUUCCAAAUAUGGGAUAAAAUAGUCCUUCAUUUUAUCUCAGAA